GGAGCACCGAGUGCCUUAUUUCAGUCACGAAAAUACAAACAAAAUUUGUCGAUUAUGAAUACGUAUUGCUUCAUACCCCCCCAAAUUGCUGGACCAGGUUCUUCUCUGAUCGUACAAAAGACCUACUUAGACUACGUUACUUGUCGGUCAAAAGCCGGCCUUAAAUGACCCACUAGACAUGCAAGGAACAUGGGACUCGGGGGCCCACCUUGCGCGUGGCAGCACCGUUACUCGAACGACAACACCGAUCGUUUCUCACCCGUGGCGCUUUUUUGAGGUUCACAUCCCGCCAGGUGCAGACACCCGAGCCCACGAAAACAUGACGACCUCCGUAGCAAUGCGCUGACUCUCCUUGAGGGAAUCAUAGGGUAAGUUCUAUUAGGCUUAUAUCUUCACACUGUAAGUGAGGUGUUGCCUCAUCCGUCUUAAGGCAGCUUGGUUGAUAAUCUGGCCUCGAGACAGGGAAGCCGCACGAGGCUCACUUUUGACCAAUGACUUUCAUCAACAUGACCAAGGCCACAUUAGUGGCCUCACGGGCCUCAACCAGCUCAGUUUCGAAGGCUUCCAGGCGGAUACACCUGCCUCUCCAUCAUCCGUCUCUGGCAGGACGCAGCUUGAUACGUCAAUCCCUGACCCCGGUCCUGACGAAGGGUUUCCACGAGGCCAAGUCGCGAUUACUACCGGUGAUCGAUGCGAGACGCAACGAGCACGAUUCGCCGGUAGUGCUUCCCUACACAACACCUACAUCUGGAGUCCUGUCCAAGAUCCCUCGGUCGUGGGUGCCGUACGCCGAGCUCGUGCGACUCGACAAGCCGGCGGGCACAUAUUACCUCUACUUCCCCUGUCUAUUCUCAACGUUGAUGGCGGCGCCAAUGCUCUCACCAGCGGCAUCUCUGGGGUCCGUAACUAGUUUCUCCCUGUUGUUUCUGGCCGGUGCCGUCAUCAUGCGUGGAGCUGGAUGUACCAUCAACGAUCUCUGGGACAGGAACCUCGAUCCCCACGUACAGAGGACGCGACUUCGACCAAUCGCCCGUGGUGCCAUAACGCCAUUUAAAGGGGUAGUGUUCACCGGUUUUCAGCUCCUGGCAGGACUAGCGGUUCUGGUCCAGUUCCCGCUCCCGUGCAUUCUCUACGGCACUUUGAGUUUGCCUCUGGUCGCGUCCUACCCCCUGGCCAAGAGGAUAACAUACUAUCCUCAGGUUGUCUUGGGGCUGACGUUCUCUUGGGGAGCCAUAAUGGGUUUCCCUGCUCUUGGCCUAGACCUGCUAUCCGACUCGGCUGUUUUGACAGCCGCUGGGUUUCUUUACGCCUCCAACAUCGCCUGGACUGUCCUCUAUGAUAUGAUUUAUGCCCAUAUGGACAUCAAGGACGAUGCAAAAGCCGGAAUUAAGAGCAUUGCUCUCAAGCAUGAUGCGGAUACCAAGAAAGUGCUGACCGGUUUGGCCGUCACGCAAGUGGCUCUGCUGGCAGCCGCUGGGAUGGCGUCUGGUGCCGGAACCGCGUUUUUCGUUGGCAGUUGUGGCGGGGCCUUAGUCAGUUUGGGCGUCAUGAUCAAACGGGUCAAUCUCAAGAGUGUUCAGAACUGUUGGUGGUGGUUUAGUAAAGGUUGCUGGAUUACCGGUGGGACUAUUAGCACGGGAUUGGCCGUGGACUAUUUGAUCCGCAGAGUCGAGGAGGAUGACGCCGCUGCGAAGGACGCCGAUUGAUGACCGUCUGCCAGUCGAGCCUUACAGGUAUAUAGCAGAACGUGUAGCCCCAAAUUUGUACAAUAAUAGAGGGCCACAGGAAACAAGGGAUUCAGCGUG